AUGGCAAAGCAACCUCAAGACCGGAAACGCAUCAUUGUCGCAAUUACAGGAGCGACUGGUGCCCAGAUUGGUAUUGAGAUUUUGAACACCCUCCGUCAUCUCAAUAUUGAGACCCACCUCAUAAUCAGCAAGUGGGCGGGAGAGACGAUCAAGUACGAAACGGACUACACAGUAGCCGCCGUGCGCAGCCUGGCAGACCAUUCAUACAAUUCGUAUGACCUCGCUGCCCCGAUCUCAAGCGGCUCUUACCGUGUAGAUGGCAUGAUUAUUGUCCCUUGCUCGGUCAAGACACUCGCCGCCAUUAAUGCCGGCAUAUGCGACGACUUAAUCACUCGAGCUGCCGAUGUAUGCUUGAAAGAACGACGACGGGUUGUGCUUUCAGUGAGGGAAACACCGCUUAGCGAGAUCCAUCUCAGGAAUAUGCUAAGUGUUACAAGAGCUGGGGCUAUUAUUGCGCCCCCAGUAAUGGCGCUGUAUACGAGACCAUCAACGAUUGAGGAUAUUGUAAAGCAGAUGGUUGGGCGAAUUCUUGAUUUAUUUGACUUGGAUGCGCGCAAUUUUGAGAGGUGGGAAGGUAUGCGGAAAGACAAUUAAGAUUACAGUGAGCGUAACCAAACUAGAGAUAAU